AUGCAGUCUGGAGAAGACACCAUCAAAGUUUCUAGUGCAGUUUGCAAAGGAAGAGUGGGGCAAACUACAGUACUUGUUCACAGGGGAGAUAUUGGGCCGGAUGUAAUGAAGUCUGAGUUGGCCGGAGGUGAGCGUUCCCGGUCGAACUCGGAUGUUUCCAACAGUGACCCAAUGACAAACGUUAAUCAGAAAAACAAGUCCUCUGUGUCUGUGUUCCUGGUUGUUGGAUUAUCUGAGUCUGAAGAACCUCAGCCUCUCCUCUUCCUCCUCUUCCUCUGCAUCUACCUGACCACUGUGAUUGGUAACAUAGUGAUUCUAACUCUGAUUUCCUCAGACCGGCGACUGCACACGCCAAUGUACUUCUUCUUGGCCAUCCUCUCCAUCAAUGACAUCAUACUUUCCUCCAUAACUAUCCCCAAGCUCCUCUUCAUCCUCUUCACUGCCCAGAAGACCAUCCUCUACUCGGAAUGUGUUACACAACUCUUGCUUUUCCAACUGUUUGUAGUGUCCGAGUGCUACCUUCUGGCAGCGAUGGCCUAUGAUAGAUAUGUGGCUGUCUGCUUCCCACUCAACUACACACUUAUUAUGAGUAGAGCAGUCAGGUUCAGAAUGGUGGUGGCUUGCUUAGCGUGUGGUCUUGGGAACUUGAUUGUCCAAGCUUUUUCCAUCUCCCACCUUGAUUUCUGUGGUCCCAACAGAGUGGACCAUUUCUUCUGUGAUGUCACUCCUCUCUUUAAGUUGUCUUGUUCCGGCAAACAAUUUGGGGAGGUUAUGUUUUUCAUAGUCGUAAUCAUCACUGGGGUGGCACCACUGACUUUUAUUAUGGUAAGCUAUGGUUGGAUCAUCGCUGAGAUUACAAAGAUUGCCUCCAGCCAAGGGCGUUUUAGGACCUUCUCCACUUGCUCCUCUCAUUUCACAGUGGUGACUCUGUACUUCACUAGUGGGACACUCUGCUACAUCUGGCCGUUAUCCACGUAUGCCAUGGACAAAGAUGUAAAAGCGGUGGCUGUAUUGUACGCUAUUAUGACCCCCAUGUUGAAUCCCAUUAUUUACAGCCUGAGAAACAAAGAGGUAAAGCAGUCAUUUGCAGCUGCUAGCACUUCAUUUCCAAUUUCAUUGAUUGUUAUGGGAUUACAUGCAGAUAAUGUACUGAACCACUUUUCACUGGAGCUGAAAUUCCUGGUACCACCUGUAUCGCUAUACCAACAAUCUUUUCUGUGA